AUGGCGCCCGGCAUCCUUGCACAUAGUCUGCCAUGUGCCGAAUCACGCCCCUCCAAAAAGCUCAAAACUUCGGCGGUGGCGAACUUGGAAAGCGAAGAUGAGGAUGUGGCGGUAGCCGUUCCUUCGCAUCCACUGGGAGUCAAGCCGGCGGGCAACGCGUACACGGCAUCUGAGAAUAUCAAAUCACGCUGCGGCUCAUUCGCCCGGCUGCCUGAUGAGCUGCUGAGCCACAUCUUUGAGUCAUUCGAUGCUGACGCUCUCAUCCGAUUGGGAAGCACUUGUCGGGCUCUGUACGCUUUUACGCGCCUGGAUGAAAUAUGGAGAGCAUUAUUCUUCCGUUUGGAUCGAACUCAGCCCUUCCACUCGAUGAGAUCUGGCGUACACUUGAACGAGAAUAUAAUCACUCCAAGAUACGGAUUUUUCCGUAGAUGUCAUGCCUCCUUUUCCAAGUCCGAUCAGUCAAAUAUAUACGAAGCAUCACUCCAACUAUAUUCCUAUCAAUCCCCUUCCUCCCAACCCGAAGCCUUCGAAUGGCGCGGAACCUGGCGAGCAACCUACCUCAACAUCCCACAAGAAAACGUCACAUCAAUCCCAUGCACAAAUCUCUUCUCAGACGUCCUCUAUCGACCCUUCCAAUGCGCUCACACGCCCCUUGAACCAUUCACCCACAACAUCCCCAAGGCCAACGAGAUCCCACGACUCCCAGACCUCACCCACGAAGAGUACACCGAAAAAUGGACCGACAAGCCCUUCAUCCUCACAGAGCCGGUCAAACAAUGGCCUGUCUACGGGACCUGGACACCCGAGUAUCUCCUCGCGCAGUUCCCCGACGUGAAGUUCCGCGCCGAAGCAGUCGACUGGCCCACAUCAACCUACAUGUCCUACAUGAGCGACAACGCCGACGAAUCCCCCCUCUACCUCUUCGACCGCGCCUUCGCCCAAAAGACAAACAUCGCCCUCACCGGCCCCAACGCCGCAUACUGGACCCCGCCCUGCUUCGGCCCCGACCUCUUCAGCGUGCUGGGCCCCCACCGCCCGGACUGCCGCUGGCUGAUCAUGGGCCCCGCCCGCAGCGGCUCAACCUUCCACAAAGACCCAAACGCAACAAACGCCUGGAACGCGCCGCUCACGGGCUCGAAAUACUGGCUCAUGUUCCCCUCCGGCCCCGGCAUCCCCCCUCCCCCAGGCGUCAUCAUCUCAGACGACCAGAGCGAAAUCACAUCCCCGCUCAGCAUCGCAGAGUACAUGCUCACCUUCCACGCCCUGGCGCGCCGCACACCAGGCUGCAAGGAAGGCAUCUGUCGCGCCGGCGAGGUCCUGCAUGUACCCACGGGAUGGUUUCAUCUCGUGCUCAACCUCGACGAGAGUCUGGCGCUGACGCAGAAUUUCGUGCCCACCAAAAACGUGCCUGAUGUGUUGGGGUUUUUGAGGGAUCAGAGGGGCGAGGUGAGCGGGUUCAGGGACGAUGUGUGUGAGCGCGCGUAUGAGCUUUUUGUCGAGGGGCUGCGCGAAGAGUAUCCUGAGGUGCUGGAGGAGGGGCUUGUGGAGUUGGAGAGGAGGGGGAAGAAGGGGAGGGGGCGGUGGGAGGAGUUGACCAAGGGAGGGGACGAGGAAGCGGAGAGUGGGGGGUUUAGCUUUGGGUUUGGAGGGGACGAUGAUGAUGCUGAUAUUCCGUGA